CGUUGUCUCACUUCCACUCUUGUUGAGUUUUGACCAACUCCACAGACGAAGCAGCAGCCAUGCCGAAGCUGGAGGCCAUGCUCGUCUCCUCCGUCCUGAGCGUGGUGAGCCAGCAGAUCGGCGCCACCAUCAGAGGCCAUAUCAGGCUGCAGUGGGACUUCAACAAGGACCUCAUCAAGAUGAAGAUGGCGCUGGAGUCGGUCCAGGCCGUGCUCAAGGACGCCGAGAGGCAGUCGAUCCAGGAUGCGACGGUGCGGCUGUGGCUCAAGCGCCUCAAGGACGCCAUGUAUGCCAUCUCCGACAUGCUCGAUGAGUUUGAGUCCGGCAACAAACCGGCUCGAUGGAAGUUUGCAGCUAUGAUCCCUGGUAUCGCAAUUGGUCCCAGGUUUUCUAUGGCUAAUAAGAUGAAGAAAAUGAGAGAGGAAUUGGAGAACAUCACAAAUCAACACCAGAAUUUCAGAUUCACAACAGACAUCAGCUCCAUUGUUCAGCCAUUUCUUGAUGAACGGGAAACAGAUUCAUACUUGAAUGAUCAAACACUCAUUGUAGGGAGGACGGAAGAGAAAAUAAGAAUAACGGAUUCCUUAUAUGAGAGCACGAUGGAAGGCAUCACAAUCCUUCCUAUCUAUGGCAUUGGAGGCAUUGGCAAGACAACCUUAGCAAAACUGGUUUUCAAUGAUACCCUAUUCAAAGAUUAUUCGCAGGUAUGGAUCUACGUGUCUCAGAUAUUUAAUUUGAAUAAAAUUGGCAACUCUGUAAUAUCGCAAUUAUCAAAAGGGGAGAGUCAUAUAGCUGAAAAGCAAAGGAUGCGCACCCGUCUUGCGGAGCUACUUUCUGCUGCCGGCAAGAAAAUUUUGAUUGUUUUAGAUGACCUGUGGGAAGAAAACGAAAUCCAAUUGGAAGAACUGAAGGGUAUGUUAACGGUUGGAGGAGAGGGUGGAAAGGUCAUUGUCAUAGUAACCACACGCGACGAAGCCAUUGCCAAGAAAAUUUGCACUGUUCAUCCAUACAAGUUACCACCUUUGGCGGAUGAAAGGUGCUGGGAUAUAAUCAAACAAAAAUGUGCCUUUGAAGCUAGAGAUGAUAAAGAUCAUGUAGAGUCGAUAGGAAGGGACAUCGCAAUGAAGUGCGGAGGUGUCGCUUUGGCGGCUCAAGCACUUGGAUACAUGUUGAAACCUUUGACUUUCGGUGAAUGGGAGGCGGUGAAAAAUAGUGAUUUCUGGAAUUUGCCUGCUUUUGAAGAUGAACCUUCUCCACAGCGCAAUGUGCUUGCAUGCUUGCUAUUGAGCUAUAAGAGUAUGCCAUCACACUUGAAGUUAUGCUUUGCAUAUUGUGCAAUCUUCCCGAAAGGCCACAAGAUAGUUAAAGAUGAUCUGAUUCACCAAUGGAUUGCUCAUGAUUUCGUUGCACCAUCUAGCAUAUUCUCUACUAGGCAACUUUGCGAGAGUUAUGUCAAGCAGCUUUUGGGAUUGUCCUUCCUUCAACAUGCCAAGUCAUUUUCAACUAAUGUAGUGCAUGGCCGAGAUGUUUCAUUGUUCACUAUGCAUGACUUGGUGCAUGACCUCGCGAGAUUUGUCAUGGCUGAUGAACUUCAUGACACUGGCAAAGUUCGAAGCAUUUGGGGAAGCAAUUGCCGCUAUGCUGUGGUCACAGAUUGUAGCAAGCCGCUAAAUUCAUCUGUGAUUUCUCCUUCAACAAUAAGGGCGCUGCAUUUUCAAGGCUGCGGCAACGUUGUACUUCAUGGUGUUGCAUUUUCAUUUGCCAAGUAUCUACGCGUGUUGGAUUUAAGUGCAUGUUUCAUACAGAAGUUGCCGGAUUCCAUCAGUGAACUAAGACAGCUGAGGUAUCUUAAUGCUCCAAGGGUUCAAAAUCAAAUGCUUCCCAUGUCUAUCACCAACCUUUCGAAAUUAAAGUAUCUAAACCUUCAUGGAUCGUCAAUCACAUCACUGCCUGGGCCGAUUGGUGAAAUGAAAUGUCUGAAGUAUCUUGAUUUAUCUUUCUGUCAGCAUAUAAAUGAACUCCCAUGUUCAUUUGUGGGGCUAACACAGCUGGACCAUCUAGAUUUAUCAAACUGUUCAGGUGUUAAAAUCUUUCCUGAAUUAUUAGCAUGGCUAACAGAGUUGGUGCAUCUGGAUUUAGCAGAGUGCAGUUAUUUUCAAGGUACAGGGGAGAUUCUGGGUGAUCUUACAAAACUUCAAUAUCUGAAUUUAUCUCAAAGAUUUUCGAGAGUAGAAAAUUUGGUUGGAUUGCAAGAAGGGAUCAGCAAUCUCACAGAACUCCGAUACUUAGGUCUAUCAGGGAGUAUGGCCUCUAUCUUCUGCAGCCCAUUGACAGAUGAUCUGGAAGGCUUCAUUGACAGUAUCAGUACCCUUCCGAAUCUAGAGCAUCUGAACUUAUCUCGGAAUAGUAUCAUAACCUUCAUACCUGAGUGUAUUGCCAAGUUAAGGAAGCUGCAUACACUGGACCUCUCCGAUUGCGACAAUCUAGGGAGGAUUCCAGGUAGUAUAGCUAGUAUGGACAAUCUCAAGAUCCUCAAUGUGAAGGGCUGUGAUCAACUUAAUGAGCCCAAAAUCUUUCGACCCAACUCUUUUGCAUUAUUGCCACACUUUGUAGUCCACAGUGAUGAUGGUGGUUCCAGUAGUAAUAUUAGUCUGCUUCGGCAAGCAUAUCCUGAUGAGCUGAAGAUAACUAGACUUGAACUUGUCAAGUUCGCACAAGAGGCUCAGAGUAUAAACCUGAUGAAAAAACUAAGAAUAGAAAAACUGAAACUUGACUGGACUACACACGCUCAGAGGUCUUUGGAGGACAUACAAGUGUUGAGAGAGCUAGUACCACCAAGCACCUUGAAGGAGUUUGAGAUACAUGGUUAUAAUAGUAAACGCUUUCCAUCCUGGUUUAUGGCCAUUGCAAAUUACCUUCCAAAUCUUGUCAAAAUUGAGAUGGAGGACUUGCCUAAGUGCAUUAUUUUGCCACCACUUGGUCAAUUACAAAGCCUGGAAAAGCUAGCUAUCAGAGGAAUGGAUGGCAUCACAAAAAUCGAUGAAAGUUUCUCUGGUGGGAAAGCGAGAGCCUUUCCUCGACUGAAGGCAUUUGAACUAAGAUGUAUGAAAAGCCUUGAAGAGUGGGAUACAAUGUACUCAUAUGGAGAAGGUGGAGUGAAGGAAUUCAUGUUCCCUAACCUUAAAGAGUUGACAAUAAGUGAAUGCCCCAGGUUAAGGUUGAAACCACAUCCCCCAAGAGCUAAGAAUUGGAUUGUACGGAACAGUGAUAAUGUAAUGUCUUCAUGGGGUGAGAGAGGGCACACUGGUGCUUUUUUCUUUGCUCCAGGAACUAAUCUGCAUGUUGUAUCCUGCGGCGUGCCUCUGCAUCAAUGGAGGUUGCUUCACCAUCUCCUUGGACUGACUCAUUUAAAAAUUGAGCAUUGCAGUGAUCUGAGCAGCUCAUCACAAAUUGCCGAAGAUCUCUUCACCCUCCAAUCACUGCAUCUGACCCACUACUUAGGAGACAAUAAUCAAUCAAAACUUCCAGAAUGGUUGGGUGAUCUCACAAAUCUACAGAUGUUAGUAAUCGAUGGGUACCCCGAGCUAGUAGCACCGGUAGAGAUCGUUGAGAAACUCACUUGCCUACAAUCUCUGCGGUUGUUGCAUUGUAAAAGCAUGACAACACUACCUGAAUGGUUGGGAGGACUCACCUCUCUCAAGCACCUGGAGAUCACAGACUGCCCAGCACUGAAUAAUUUGCACAAGAGCAUGCAAAAGCUCUCCACCCUCCAUUCGCUAACAAUAAAAAAUUGUGAUAGCUUGUUGUCACCUCUAGAAUGGUUGGGUAGCCUUUUUGCUCUAGAAGAACUAUAUAUCUUGGAUUGCGAGGGCAUCAAGUCUUUUCCAGAGAGUAUAGAAAAUCUGUCUAGGCUCAAAGAACUACAAAUUUCUGGCUGCCCUGAUUUGGAGCAGUGGUGCGAAUCAGAUAGGAUCACAUGGAAGCUCUCUCGCAUAAAAGGAAAGCGUAUCAGUGAAUAAUGGUAGCGAGCUCAACCAGUAACUGGGACCAAGGCCCAUGGCCUUGAGGCUGCGAAAUCCAGAAACUUAAUCAACACAAAAGAUCUUUACUGCGUCUGAAGGAGCUGCCAGAAUAUAUGUGCAUGCUCAAUAGAAGCCCUCGGCUUGUAAGAGGUUUGUUGUGAAUUAUUGUAGUUUGUUCUGGUUAAACAGCUAUAUAGAUAUUUUAUUCGAGACCUCUGGAAUAUAAUUGUAGCCGAUUGAUAUUUCGAGUAUAAACGAAUUGUUCUCCUA